UUCUUCCUGCACAGCCAGGUCGCCAAAUGUGCAGCAUACGUGGAUUAUAGACAUACAGCUCGCGCUCGUUGCGAAGGCAACGUUAUGAUUACCUCUCCUUAAGUGAGCGCGUUGCGACUUACACCGUCGAAGGACAUCGAAAAAUUUGUGUCGUGUCUCAGGCAGUUUGCGGCCUGCAAUCUUGCUGAAAACGUCGACAAGUAUUCCGUAAAGGUGUGAUUGGUGUGCUUCCUGGCAGAUAUCAUUCUAGUGUCAAUUGCUGCAUUAACUGCUUGCUUACCCAGAGGUAAGUCGAGGCCGAGACAGUCUGACAAAGCGUCAGAGACAGACGGUGGCUGUGCGGGGCUGCCGAGGCCGUCGCAAAAGAGUACAAAUACGCGUUCAACAGCUUUGCAGACGUCCUACGCGACAACGAAACUCCCACCAUGACAGAAAAGGUCCUCCUCUCUGAGGAGUACGUCCAAAGCUGCUUCCACAGCUACCUCAAGUCUGCUCUUUCGCAGGCAAAGGCAGAGAGAUUGCUUGAUACAGAGCUAUUGUCGAGUGCGGAGGGCGAUUUGAUGAUAACUGGACCCGCACUAUGCCUGUACUUCGCCGCGCUCCGGUCUACCACCAACCCUCCAUCUGUUCCCCUUCCCCGUACAUCCAAGUCAUCUGCACCUCCGACAGAUCUCUCAACGGACAACUGCCCUGAGGUAUUCAGGCCGUUCUUGGAAGUAUGGGCCACUACAGUGCCGAGCAUCCAAGCUCUUGCGCCAGAGCACCAGCACGACCUCGCGCGUGUCAUCUGUGGUCUUUCCCCCGUUGCACGCUCACCGCAUCCUGGCUUGAAAGCUAUUUCGGCCGACCUCCGCGCUGUGGCCAUUGAAAUCAGUAUGCGCCGCACCUUUCAGGACCGAUACGCUUCGGACCUUCAAGCAGCUAUUGACGCUGGCUCGCCGCAGCACGGUCUUUCUCGCGUGAAGGCCAGCUUUGUACCACCUCCGGUAUACGAACCAACGUCACCAGUCUCACACACAACCUCGCUACAUUCGCCUACCCCGUCCCAGUCGAGCCUACUGCGAUCGCCUUCUCCAUCUCCUUCCAGAAGCUCCUUCCGCUCUAUCUCACCCCUUCCAUCUCCCACAAUCCUCGGCCCAGACUCCCCGGCAAUAGAGCUUAUCCGCGAGACGCUUUAUGCUGCGCUUGCGGACGUGCUCGGACGAACGCCCUCGCUGCGGCGUCAGCUGCAGCGCGACCCAGCGCGGGCGUACUUCUCCUCUGUCGCGCUCGCGAUCCUCGACAUCUCGAUGUCGUCCGUCGUGCCGGGCGACGCGUCGACGCACACGGAGCCCGCGAUCCGGGGCGUCCUCGGCAAGACGCUCGCGCUGUCCGAGUGCCCGCGCGAGCUGCGGCCGUUCAUGCAGGAACUGUGCGACAUCGGCGACAGCGCACGGGAGGCCGCCGAGGACGACACGCUCGCGAGCGUGCGUGCGCUGAGCGAGGACCGGUCCGUACCCGAGCCGCGCAUGGACCGCGUGCGCGAGAUCCUCCGCGGCGGCGUCGGCUGGGCAUACGAUGAGCGUCACGAGCGCGACGCCGACGCGCAGGGCGGGCACGAGGUGCUGCGGGGCAACGGGGAUGCCAACGGGGCCGUGCGUCCGGGUGACUCGCGCCGCCGGACGACGUCGACGGACAACCGGGCGGUCGCGUUCGCGAACCGCAUCAAUGCACUUGCACUUGCCAUGACGAAGCUUCGCGCGUUCAGGGAGCGGCAGGAGGGCGUAUUCAAGAUCUUGGCUAGUGUGCGGAGCUGACAGCACAGUUAUUACAUGAUUUAUCUUAAUGUUAUUGACUUUUCCGUUUGCUUGCUUGUAUUUCAGACGAUAUGUAGUGUCAAUACCCUUGAUCUCUCGUAUACCUCGUAUCCUACGUACAAUUAACAUAACAUACCAAAUUGUAUUUUGCCUGUUGUCGUUCA